AUGGACGCCGCCUCGCCUCGCUGCCGCUGCACGCCUCAGACCUUUAUCGCCGUCUCCCUCGUCCUGUCAGGCAGACACGCCAGAAACAGGUCUGACUUUGUGCCCAGAAUGCCGACACAACUCUCACCUUGUUGUACGGGGACUGGAUGGGUUGCCCCAUCGGCCCAGAGCGGUUUCUUCCCUGAGCUUUAUUCGUCUAACCAUCCGUCUCUCCGUGUCUCUGCUGCAGGUUUACUGGUUUCCUUCGUUUCCUCUUUCAAAGUGACGGAGGGGGGCGUGGCCUCUCUGUCCUGUCAAUACUCCGUGAAGCGUUUUGGUCUCAGUCGGGUGUGUUGGGGGCGGGGCUGUGGGACCUUCUGGUGCAGUAACAUCCUGGUGCAGACUGACGAGAACGGCGUCAUCUCUAAGGUGGAGGACCGGUACAGACUGACCGGGGACAUCCUGGACGGACAGAUGGAUCUGGACAUCGUCAACGUGAGGCGGACAGACAGCGGGCCGUACUGCUGCAGGGUGGACAUUGACGGGAUCUUCAACGACAAAAAAUCCAUCAUGAACCUGAGAGUGGUUAGAGCUCCGGUCACCAGCUCUCCUCCAACAACGACCACGACAGCAACAACCAGUCAAAUAACAGAGCCAUCGUCCUCGACAGUAAACUGGAGAUCCCUGCUGUCGUCUCACCUCGAUCUGCUGAGGAAAAACUCCACCCUGCUGCGCUCCGACGCAGUCACUGUGGAGGACUCUCGCCCCUCUCUCUCCCUUCAGAUCAACGUUCCCGUCCUCUCUCUCUCCCUCACUGUGCUGUCCAUCGUGGCUGGAGUUUUCCUCUUCUUGGCCUUCAGACGUGGAAUCUACACCAGAGCUCUAAAGGCCGACUGUUUCUCGUCUGAAGAGCCUCCUCACAUCAUCUACGAGAUCCGGAUGAGACGACCGGUCCAGGAGAACAUCUACACCCUGGAUUAGAGAGCAC